UGCAUGCAUGGUCCAGUGGUCUGCAGAGUAACAACUUUCAUUUAUAAAUGCGGUGACAGUUGACUGAUUUCUAGCCGUGAACGCGUGAUAAGUGCGAAAGAAAAAGAGUCGGUAAGGCGAAAAAUAAACAUAAAUAUGUCAGAGUACGCCCGGGACAGGUGAUCGAGGCGACGGGUCGGAAGGUGUGCGGGGUCCCUUUUUUUGGUGGUGAGCUGCUUGGAAUCCGAGUGCCCGUUGCUAACCAUCUACGUGGUAGUUGGGCCAGAGAGUUGGGGCUCAAGAUUCAUCUACGCACUAUUUAUAUAAUUUUUGAGAACUUGCUGACACAGUUUUUGAGGAGUCGUGCAAGAUGCCUAAAAAGUUCGUGGGCGAAAACAGCAAGGCAGUAGUGGCAAGGGCUCGCAAAGCCGCUGCCAAAGAGGCUGAACAGACUCGAAAGGUCCAGGAAGCUGAGGACAAAGCUUGGCAGGAUGACGACAAACAGCUUCUCAAGAAAAAACAAAAGCAGGAAGAAGCGGAAAGAAAAAGGCAGCAGCAGUUGCAGAAAAAAGAGGAAGCCAAAGCUCUGUUAGAGAAGGAGAUGAGCUCGUUAAAGGUCGGUGGCAAGCAGCCGAUCGCCAAAGUAACGCGUGCCGAGAUCGUGGCAGUUACGGAGAAACGAAACCAAGUCGCCUUAAAGAAGAAGGAAGAGGAGAAGCCUAUCGAGGAAAAUCUAAAUCGCGUUGUGCUCGAGGGAGAAACAGCCCACGGAAUCGACGAGGCUUUGACUGUUUUGAGUACGAAAGAUCAAGAGCUCGAUCGGCACCCGGAACGUAGAAUGAAGGCCGCCUAUUUGAGCUUCGAGGAGCGCAUGAUGCCGAUCCUCAAGGAACAAAAUCCGAGUCUUCGACUCAGCCAACUGAAGCAGCUACUGCGCAAAGAGUGGAUGAAGUCGAGUGAAAAUCCGUUCAAUGCGAAGACUCAGAACAGCUAAUGAAGAGCCACGAGGCUGGGACACCU